AAAAAAAAAAAAAAAAAAAAAAAGAAUGCAUGCAUGCUCUCCCACAGUCCAUCUAUUCUUUUAACACACACGCUCCACUUCUUUCUCAUCUCUUCUCUCCUUUCUUUAUACUCCCACCUUUCCGCCAUUGCAUCUUCAACUGCAACAGUCUCUUACUUCAGGCUCCAUGGCGGCGCACCGCAAGAGGCAGCUUCCAGAAGACACCGCUCAAAUCUGUCAGGCGGCUUUCGGGUAUCGUCCAAGGGCAGAGCAAAUACAAGUGGUGGAAAUGUUAGGGCGGAUGAAAGACUGCAUUUUGAUUGCAGGCACUGGAUGGGGAAAAACACUGGUUUACUUUCUGCCUUUGCUCAUUUGGCCGAACGACAUCAUUCUCAUUGUCAGCCCACUCAAAGUUUUAAGCGACGAGCAACACUCAAAGCUUGUUGCGCUUGGCAUUCCCAGCAUCAAUAUCAAGCAAGAAACGCGUACCAAUAUCGCAGAUUUGGCAUCAGGAAAAUAUCGAGCCGUGUUUACUUCUCCAGAGAUUAUCUUCAAGAGCUCACGACUAUCAGCGUUAUGGCAGGACAAAGGAUGGAGAAGUCGUUUGCGCAAUAUCGUCGUCGAUGAAGCUCACUGCGUCGGAACUUGGGGCAUGGAUUUUCGACAGGCUUACAGUCAGCUUGGCCGAUUGCGCGCUAUGGCUCAUCCUGACGUCUCGUUCCUUGCAGUAUCUGCCACCUUGCCGCCCGCGCUUCUUACCACGCUUACCAGUUCCAUGCUGUUCAAAAACGCUACCGUCGUCAAUGUAGGCAACGAUAGGAUCAACAUUAAAUACACUGUUAGCAUCAUGAAGCAUGGACGUUCCACUUUUCACGACCUUUUUUUUCUGAAGGAUAAGGUCAAGACGAUUGUUUACUUUCAGACUCUCAUGGAAGUCGAGUCAGCCGCGGUUUACGUCAAGGCGCUAGUGGGAGUCAAUAGCGUGGCAAUCUUUCAUGCGGCCAAGUCAGAGCUGUAUAAGCGCAACAAGAUGGAGGACUUCAAGCAAAACCGUGUCUGCAUAUUGCUAUCGACGGAAGCAGCUGGAAUGGGCUGCGAUAUCAGCGACGUCAUACGUGUCGUCCAGUAUGGAUAUCCUGGCAGCAUCUCGGUGCUUUUUCAGCGGCUGGGAAGAGCAGGAAGAAACCCGGCACUGCAGGGGAUUAGCAUCUUUCUUGUUCCCUCACAGGCGCCCUCGCUGGUCGACCCGUUCCUUCGUGACUACGUGACCAUCUCCAGCUGUCGCCGCAGAUACGUCAACGAGUGCCUCCCCCUCGCUUGUCAUUUACCGAGAUAGGAGUUGAAUCGGACCAGGAAUCGUCAGGGCAGGCUGCUCCUUCUCUUUUACAGCCGAGGCCGAGACAGCUACCUAGCGCAAGGCCAGAACUCUACUUCAAGGUCCAGACGCCCCAGGGCUUUUUUAAUAAACAAAAAAAAUAAGAAUUUAUUUU